AUGCGACGACAUUUUCCGGAUUGCAAGCCGCUGCCUGGCGCGGAGAAUCUUCUGUCGAACCUCAGCCGUGCGCGUAGUGCUUCUUCUGGGGACAGGAUUGAACUGGCAUUGGCAUCCAGCACCAAGAGCCAUAGCUACGAAUUGAAAACUUCGAGGCCAGAGACGAAGCGGCUGCUCAGCUUCUUCCCGUCCGACAGGCGGGUCCUGGGUGAUGACCCACGAGUGCGACAGGGUCGAGGGAAGCCAGCGCCUGACAUAUAUUUAGUCGCGUUGCAAUCGUUAAACUCGGCGGCAGACUCUGGCGAAAAGGCCAUCAUGCCCAACGAAUGUUUGGUCCUCGAAGAUAGCGUGGCUGGGGUAGAGGCUGGAAGACGGGCUGGGAUGAGGGUUGUUUGGGUACCGCAUCGAGAUGUGGCGGUCGAGUAUCAAUUGAGGCAGAAGAAUGUACUGGCUGGGAGGACGGGAAUGAUUGAGCUCGGAGACGACUGGCAACUAGGAGAAAUUGAUGACGGCUGGGCUGAAAACAUACCGAGUCUGGAACACUUUGAUUACGAGAAGUACGGCAUCGAUGUGCCGUCCUAA